ACGAUGCCAAAGCAAGUUAUCUAAUGGCGCAGUGCGAGCUAGUUCUACGUCUGGAAUUGAUAUGGCAUCUCGCGGAAUUAAUCUUUUUACAGUCAUUUCCAGAAGGCCACCUUGCCUACAAUCUAUGUAACUGGUUCCAUGUGCAGUCUCAGGAGGCGGCUGACAACGCGCGACUUUUGAUUGAUUUACACGGCGGUUCUUCAGGAGGACGACCAUCUCUUGUCCGGCCCGAGGAAGAUGAGCGAUUCUGGCCAACCGUUUUGGCUUUGGUUCUUCAGGCACGACCGCACGAAGCGGCUAGUCUGCUCGCAAUUCAUUCGUACGCGAAUAGCCGUGGGCUUCGUAGUCUACGUCAGCUUCUAGUUGCCAUGCCUAUCGCGUCACACAACACUAAAAAUAAAGGAACCUGGCGCAAUUCAGGUGUAGCAUUUUCCCAGGCGUGGAAUUACUGGCAGUCGGAGUGUCGGCGUAGACUCAGCGGUGGCGAAUUCGAUCACACCGGAAAUGACCCAGAAUCGACCCAGUACGUAAAACUCAUCGUGUCCAUUCUUGCAGGAUCGUCAGCUUCUUGGGAUGAUCCACUUAUUUUGCUCGUCACUGGUGGAUCACAUGCGUGGUACUUCCGCUUUGUUUCGUUCCUGUUUUACACCGAUCAGCUGGUUACCAUGGAUGCACUGAGUGGUCAUCUAGACGCUUGGUUAAACGGUCGAGGUAUCUCGGAGGGUGAAUCUGACUCCGAUCUAGACCAGGUAGUUGACUCUCUGCUCAUCAGUAUCUUCAAAUUUGAUGUUCAGUCAUUUGUCCGUGUGGCAUGUGAAAAACUCGAGAGUUGGUGGCUUGUGGCCCACUUCACAAAUUUGCUACACCGUACUUAUCCUGAUGUUCUCUGCUCCACUGGAUCAUCCGAAGGCAUAGACACCUUUAGGGCAAAACCGGAAGACCACGCCGAAGUAUCAAGCAUUCAGAACCAACAGUCAGAGUUUGCUGUUAUAUCCCGUGACCGCCGUUCACCAUCGCUGCCUGAUUUCUUCCUCAUUGGUUACGCUGAAUCACUGGCCUGCGACCUGGGCCUAUUGCCAGUUGCAUUGGGGUAUCUGGACUUUUGCGAGAAUGGCUCAUUUCGGCAGUCUGCACUGCUAUUGCGUCACGCCUGUCCUGUUUCCACAAGGGCUGUGAAUUGGUUUCUCAGUCAAGCCAGAUCUCGUUCACUCCAUGAGACCAGUAAGCAGUUAGCUGGAAUAGCGACACGCCGUUUCCUGCCGCUGGUGCUGCAUGAUUUUGAUAAAGCCAGUGGAAAUGGGGACAAAAUUGUUUACAACUGCCUUCCGUCGUGUGCCACAAUAGGCUGGGCGUUGAUGGCGCGAGACCUCGGUAUUGUGGCUCGUAUCGCAGAGUAUACGCUGGCCCGAGACAAAGAAUUUUGUGUCGAAAGUCCGUCUGAAGACCCGUACCCGCAUCCCACGGAGAUUGCCGAAAUGGCUGCAAUCGUUUUGGGUUUCUGCAACGAUCAGGCAUUACGAAGUGUUCCUCCCUCACAAUCAUUUCAACCUGCAACCAGUCUUAGUGAACUUUGUUUGUCUUCUGAGCUGGCUUUCCUCGUGCGCUAUGCCAAACUACAGCAAUGUUUUGCCAGUGGUGAUAUUGAGACUGCUGUCGAUCGGUUGAUCGAUUUACUGAUCACCGGCUCUGGAAGUUCCAGUGCGGUGGAACUUGGUGCCGCUUCGUGCGGUUCAGGUUCGCUUAUAUCCACCCGUCUGCGUCUACGUUUGCUCACUGAAGUUCGUCACCUGCUGGGGCGUAGAUGCAUUCGACGGGACCAAGCAGAACUUUUGAUUAGUGCUCUUGUGGACUUGCGCCUGGAUACCUGCGAAGACCCGACUGAGGAUAAUAAAAAGCUGAAUGACCUACUGGUGCACAUUCACAUCCUUCUGGCCCAAGAAUUAACCUCCUCGUUGCUUGUUCGAGAAUCACAGAUUAAUAACGUGGUUCUUGGCGGUGUGGUUUAAAACAAUCCGGACUAGUUGCUAUCGAUUUCUAAUCCGAUGUUUAUUGUACAUAUCUGGUUCUCAUGCAAUUCAUGUCUUGCAUUUCGUCAAUCGAUGUACCUACACUUCUGGAUGAAAGCCCGUUCCAAUGUUAUAUUUCGUCAGAAUCACAAAUGAGCGUUUAUGCAUCAGUAUGGUAACCGGCGUAGAACGAUGGGAACAAGACUGAUAUUCGGGAGCCCUUAAUCAUGCAGACCAAAG